AUGCCCAUCAAAGUAGUCGUUGUUGGCGCCGGUCUCGCUGGCCUGGGUGCUGCAAUUUCGUUGAGCCGUGCAGGCCAUGAGGUCCAGGUUAUUGAGCAGUCGGGUUUUCUGAACGAAGUUGGCGCUGCUAUCCAUGUGGCGCCCAAUGCCACCCGAAUUCUGAAGGCCUGGGGGUGUGAUUUGGAAAGUUUACGCCCCGUUCACUGCAACAGAUUACAAGUGUGGGAUGCCUCUGGGAAUCUCGUCUGGACCCCAAUUGUGACAAAAGAGCGUCAGAUAGCCCUAAAUACGACGGAUGAGUGGCUGUUGACCCAUAGAGUUGAUCUGCAUAAUGCCCUUCGCGCCGCAGCCACCAACGAGGUCAAUGGCCGCAAAAUCAACAUCCGCCUCUCUUCGCGUGUAUUAUCAGUGGAUGCAGAGGCCGGCAAAGUAGUCCUCGAGGAUGGUACCAUAUAUGUCGCUGACCUAGUUGUUGGGGCUGACGGUAUCCAUUCCCGCACCGUUCACGCCAUCGUCGGAGAAAACCAAGGACGUCAGAGUACCGGCCAGAAUUGCUUUCGUUUCUUGGUGCCCAUGGAAAAGAUACAGGCCAAUCCACUAACUGCUGCGCUUGUGGCAAAGACUGGUAUUGAUGGCGUGCAUGCCUUCGCGGCGCAUGACCGACGCAUCGUGGUUUAUCCCUGUCGGGGUGGCCAGCUGCUGAACGUGGCGGGCAUCCACCCUGCGGGCAAAGAGACGAACGCCAGAGAUUCAUCGUGGCUUGAUGGGGGCAGCUUGAGCCAGUUGAUAGAGACCUAUCAGGACUUUGGCGAAGAGCUUCAGGAGAUGUGUCGUCUCGCGGAAGAUCUGAAGCUGUGGAGCCUGGCUUCGCGCAGUCCAGCUCCCACGUUCGUCAGAGGCAAGGUGGCUUUGAUUGGAGAUGCCGCGCAUCCCAUGUUACCUCACCAAGGACAAGGCGCCGCUCAAGCAUUCGAAGAUGCGGCGGCGCUUGGUGGAGUGAUGACGGAGGACAUGACCAUAGAACAAAUCCCGCAACGUCUGGAAUUAUACAACAAGAUCCGGUAUAAGCACGCAGUGACCGUGAUGAUGAUGUCUAAAACCCACGAUGAGCGACGGGCGGAGAUGUUGGACGAGCUCCGCUCCUAUGUGGCUGACGCGGAGGUCCCUGAGGAUAUGUUCGCCUUCACUUGGCCGUCAGACCCAAUUGGGGAAGCACGUCAACUGCCACGGUUUACAACGGCCUCGAAUCAGAUCAAAUGUGACCGCGUUGGCUCCCAAUGUAACUGGUGCAUCCACCACGAUAUGGACUGCACAUUUUCGUCAGAUUUGCGUCCGAAGAGACGACGUCAGGAUGGAAGCCAAAGAAUUAGCUUGAUCGACCGCAUUCGACGCAUCGACGAACGCAGGGCAGAAGCUGCAGCCAUAGGUUGGAAGAUUGGAAAUAUUGCUCCGCAGGUAGGAGUACCGAGUCUUCUUCCUGAGGGUCUUCGCUGGAUUGAGUCAAGAACCGGCACUGUUAUCCCUCUUCCAAACCUUUGCCAUGCUCCAUGGGAGAAGCCACCCCUAUCUUCUACGCCCCCCGACCUAGAUGGUGUCCAUGAGGUCGUGUCAACACCUUCUGGGCUUCCCGCGCGGACGGUACUGAAGCGGUAUCUGGACGUGUACACUUCAUCGGCCAUCCACGCAAUCUUUCCUGUCAUCAACUCAUCACUCUUCUACCAGACGAUACGUGCAGCCUAUUCGCCGCCUAGCCACGAUACAAAAGUCCAUUCUCCUAGUUCAAGAGCAUGCAUAUUUGCUUUUCUCGCGUUGAUUUCUAGUUUAGAUCAUCUUGCCACUCGUUGUACAGCCCCUAAGCCGCCUCCUAUCCCUCGAGACGAGUAUGCCAUGAAGGCCCAGGCUCUUUUGCCAUCCUUGCUUCAAGAACCGCUCAACUUGGAUGCAUUGCAGACAACUCUUCUACUGUCAAUAUUAGGGAUACUCACCGGUGAAUUGCAAACAGCAACAAACUAUAAUUCGAUCUCAUCACGUUUCAUCAUCGCUCUGGGAGCUCACACAAUGGGAGAUCCAGGCGCGAUGCCGGAACCUGCCGUCAGUGGUUCCAGAGACAAAGAGACUAGAAAACACCUUCGCGACCUUUUCUGGCUCUGUUAUGCCCCUGACAAGGAUCUUUCGCUGCGUACUGGGCAGAGCCACUGCCUUAGGGAUGAAGAUUGUGAUCUUCAACUACCACCCGGUUAUGCUGAGAAACUGCAGUCUGGGAUGACAUAUUCUGCGAUGGAAAAUGCACACGGCCUUCUGUUUCCAAUCGAUCUACGGCUCAGCAUGGUCAAGUCCCGAAUUUUCACCGCUCUCUACUCCCACCGUGGACUACAGAAAAACGACGCUGAAGUCAUCCGAUCAAUUCGGGAACUAGACGAAGAGCUAGAACUCUGGAGAAUGUCCAUGCCCUCAAACCUAAGACCUAGACUAUCAUUCGCAAAAGAAACCUCCGAAGAUCAGCGAGUUGACACCAUGUAUCUCGUGCUGACACAUCUCAACUACUACUUCUGCGUUAACAUAAUCCACCUAGCCGGAAGUCGAUGCGAAGCGUGGCGUUCGACUUCCACACCGGCAGGCAUGAUGGACGGACUACGCUUAAGCCUGACUUUAUCCGUGGAAGCUAGUCGGUCCCUUUUACUAUUUCUGCAUUAUUCCGAAUCGCUCGUGAGUGUAGGGAGCUUUUGGACACUCCUUUUCUAUCCCAUGUCAGCGAUGCUCACGAUAUUCUGCAACCUGCUGGAGAAUCCACGUUCUGAGAGCGCGGCGAGUGAUACGCAACUCCUGACAGUAACAGAGCACACAACUGAACGGGUCUUCCUGAGACAAAUUUCUCGAGCUGAUAAAGCUGCCCAUCUGGAAGGUAUCACUGGAUUUAUCUCUAGUCUUCGAGAUCUUGCCCAGCAGGCGGUUCGCCAAGCAACCAGGGAAACGAGACCAUCCUGA